CAGAAACUCAGUUCUGUGAAAUCUGUUUGCUGUCAACCUGAAGAACCAGAAAAAUGCUCCAACGGUGUGUUUUGUUGCUGCUAGUUGCCAUCGCAGCAGUUUCUCUCGCAGCUCCAGUCCCAGAGGGAACAACAACUGACGAUAGAAGUGCACCGCUGCUGGAUCACAUAAACAACGAUGCUACUGAGAGCCCAAGAUCUGAUGGACAGACUCAAGCUACUGCUCCUGUGAGCCCAGAGACUGAAGAUGUUGCUGACAGCGGCGCCUCUGAUGAAGAUUCAGCUGCAGCAACUCAAGCACUAGAUGUGGCUGACAGCAGUGCCUCUGAUGAAGAUUCAGCUGCAACAAUUCAAGCACAAGAUCCCGAGGACGAUUCUGCUAAAAGUGACGACAACAGUGACGAGAAGUUGAUCACUGACUCUGACUCUGAGACGGACUCUGACUCUGACUCUAAGACAGAGACUGACGAUGAGGAAGACUUACUUAAACCUAAUGAUAGCAUCAGCAAGGAUGAUGACAGCCAGGAGGUGGAGGGGGAUGACAUAAGGAGUGAGGAACAAGCAGAGGAGAAGGAAGUGAAGGAAGAGGGACAUAACUCUGAGGCUAAGACUGAUUCUGAGGAUGAGUCUAAUGGUAAGACUGAUUCUGAUUCUGAUGAAGGGUCUGACACUAAAACUGAUGCUAAGACUGAUUCUGAUGAAGGGUCUGACACUAAGACUGAUGCUAAUACUGAGACUGAUUCUGACAAUGAUUCUGAUGAAGGGUCUGACUCUCUGGUUGACGAUGAUUCUGACGCUAAGACUGAUUCUGAUGAAGUGUCUGAUGCUAAGACUGAUGCUAAGACUGAUUCUGAUGAAGGGUCUGAUGCUAAGACUGAUGCUAAGACUGAUUCUGAUGAAGGGUCUGACAACAAGGCUGAUGCUAAGACUGAUUCUGAUGAAGGGUCUGAUGCUAAGACUGAUUCUGAUGAAGGGUCUGAUGCUAAGACUGAUGCUAAGACUGAUUCUGAUGAAGGGUCUGAUGCUAAGACUGAUGCUAAGACUGAUUCUGAUGAAGGGUCUGAUGCUAAGACUGAUGCUAAGACUGAUUCUGAUGAAGGGUCUGACACUAAGACUGAUGCUAAGACUGAUUCUGAUGAAGGGUCUGAUGCUAAGACUGAUGCUAAGACGGAUUCUGAUGAAGGGUCUGACACUAAGACUGAUGCUAAUACUGAGACUGAUUCUGACAAUGAUUCUGAUGAAGGGUCUGACUCUCUGGUUGACGAUGAUUCUGACGCUAAGACUGAUUCUGGGGAAAAGUCUGAUGCUAAGACAGGGUCUGACUCUCUGGUUGACGAUGAUUCUGACGCUAAGACUGAUUCUGGGGAAAAGUCUGAUGCUAAGACAGGGUCUGACUCUCUGGUUGACGAUGAUUCUGAUGCUAAGACUGAUUCUGGGGAAAAGUCUGAUGCUAAGACAGGGUCUGACUCUCUGGUUGACGAUGAUUCUGACGCUAAGACUGAUUCUGGGGAAGAGUCUGAUGCUAAGACAGGGUCUGACUCUCUGGUUGAUGAUGAUUCUGAUGCUAAGACUGAUUCUGGGGAAGAGUCUGACGCUAAGACAGGGUCUGACUCUCUGGUUGACGAUGAUUCUGACGCUAAGACUGAUUCUGGGGAAGAGUCUGACGCUAAGACAGGGUCUGACUCUCUGGUUGAUGAUGAUUCUGAUGCUAAGACUGAUUCUGGGGAAGAGUCUGAUGCUAAGACAGGGUCUGACUCUCUGGUUGACGAUGAUUCUGACGCUAAGAUAGAUUCUGACGAUCAGACUGAUGCUGAGGUUGAUGUAGUAAAACCAGAUGAUAGCAUCAGCCAGAACACUAACAGCCAGAUGGAGGGGGGGCGAAGCAGGGAGUGAGGAACCAGCAGAGGUGGUAGGGGAAGAUAAGGUAGAGGGAGGUGAAAUUGAUCCUAUAAUGUCAGAUGAUGACAGCAUAAGUGACGACAAAAACGUUACUCUGAGUGAUGAAGACAGUCAGACUAAUGGUGAAAACGGCAAACCUGGGUCUGAGAGCAAGGGCAUCAAUGGCACACAAGACUCUGUGGAGGUGAUUCAAGACGACUCUGCAAACUCGGACACUGUGGAACCGAAGGAGCAGAGUCCAGAAACUCCCAUCUCCACUAAAGAGCCAUCUGUCGACCAACCAGACAAACAGGACGACUCCACCUCCACCACCGCAAAAGCUGUGAAUUAGACGCUCAGCCUCUGAACUGUGGAAGCUCACCGACUGCAGAGUCGAGUCUGCAGUGGAACACAGUUGCUAUGACAGCAGCAACAAGCUAAACUGCAACUAAACUUCGACCUUCAGCUACCUGGUUGUCUCCGCUUUCUUCAAAACUCUGGCUUUUGUUUAGAAAAAUCUGUCUUACACCAAUCAAAUAUCUGUUUGUAAUCUGUCUGUCUGUCUGUCUGUCUGUCUAUCUGUCUGCCGGUCUGUCUGUCUGUCUGUCUGUCUGUCUGUCUGUGCCCCUCUCUGCCUGUCUGUCUGCCAAUCUGUCCCCCUCUCUGCCCAUCUGUCUGUCUGCCCAUCUGUCCCCCUAUCUGCCUGUCUGUCUGCCAAUCUGUCGCCCUCUCUGUCCAUCUGUCUGUCUGUCUGUCUGCCCGUCUGUCCCUCUCUCUGUCUGCCCAUCUGUCCCCCUAUCUGCCUGUCUGUCUGCCCAUCUGUCCCCCUGUCUGCCCGUCUGUCUGUCCCUCUGCGUCACAUUAAACCAUCUGUUCUGUUUUUGUGUUCAGAAGAAUUGCUAAUAAAGUUUGAACUGUCAAAACUUCUCUCACUGC